UCACCGUCGGCUCGGCGCCCUCCUCCUCCAGGCCGGAGCGGCGGCGCACGCUGGAGACGGACGAGGCGGCGCUCUCGGCCGAGGCGCUCGAACGGUUCCGCAACAUCCUGCAGCUGCCUGACCUGAGCCUGCUGGAGGGCCACGUGCUGCUGCGACAGCUGGCGCCCGGCCAGGUCAUCAUGACUGAGGGCUCUUACGAGGUGGGGGACGGCGGUCUGGUGCUGGUGCUGUCGGGCGCGCUACAGGUGUGUCAGCGGCGGCCCGACAAACCCUCCGAGGAGGUGCUCAUGUACCUAGGCGCACGCGGGCCAGCUGGUCGGCGCGCUGGCCACGCUCUCCGGCGAGGCGAGCUUCUUCUCAGUCCGCGCCAAGUCAUCGGCGCUCGUGGCGCAGCUCAGCCAGCAGACCUUCUACAACAUCAUGCUGGAGGUGCCGCACGUGGUGCUGCACGUGGCCAACACUGUCAUCCGUCGGCUGUCGCCGUUCGUGCGGCAGAUCGACUUCUCGCUCGACUGGACCUACAUCGAGGCCGGCAAGGCCAUCUACAGGCAGGGCGAGGCGAGCGACAGCACGUACAUCAUGCUGAGCGGUCGGCUCCGCUCCGUCAUCACGCACCGCGACGGCCGGAAGGAGCUGCUCGGCGAGUACGCCCGCGGCGAUCUGGUCGGCAUCGUGGAGACGCUGACGCAGACGGAGCGCAGCUCCACCGUCAUGGCCAUCCGCGACACCGAGGUGGCCAAGCUGUCGGACGGCCUGCUCAACUUCAUCAAGCUCAAGUACCCGAUCGUGGUGUCGCGCCUGAUCGAGCUGCUCGGCCACCGCAUCCUGGGCUCGUGGAAGCGCAGCGGCUCGCCGCUGGGCGGCGCCAGCGCCCUCAGCCAGGUGGUCGAGCAGCGGCCCAGCCAGACCAACUUCAACACGGUGGCGCUGCUGGCCGUGUCCGAGGACGUGCCGCUCGUGUCCUUCUCGUUCGAGCUGCUACACAGCCUGCUGGGCAUCGGUCGCGCCACCCUGCUGACCUCGGAGCUGAUCCGCAAGACGCUUGGUCCGGGCAUCCUGGAGCCGAGCAACGACCACCGGCUGAUCGCCUGGCUGGCCCAGCAGGAGGACCAGCACCAGGUGACGCUGUACCUGUGCGACGCCGAGCUGACGCCGUGGACGCAGCGCUGUAUCCGGCAGGCGGACUGUAUUUUGAUCGUGGCCCUGGCCGAGCGGGGGCCCUCCGUCGGCAAGAUCGAGAAGCAGCUGGAGACGCUAGCGGUGCGCACGCAGAAGGAGUUGAUCUUGCUGCACCGUGAGGGGGCGCCGCUGCCGCGCCACACGGCCCGCUGGCUCAACAUGCGCUCCUGGUGCUCCUCCCACCACCAUAUCCAGGCGCCCAAGCGGCUCUUCGCCAAGAAGAGCCUCACCAAGAUCCGCGAGUCGUACCGCAAGAUCCUGGAGACGGAGCCCAACCGGCACUCGGACGUCUCCCGGUUGGCGCGUCUGCUUACCGGCACCUCCGUCGGUCUGGUGCUGGGCGGCGGCGGCGCGCGCGGCGCUGCCCACGUCGGCAUGAUCAAGGCCAUUCUGGAGGCCGGUAUCCCGGUGGACAUCGUGGGCGGCGUCAGCAUCGGCGCCUUCAUGGGCGCCCUCUACUGUCGGGAGAAGGACCUGGUGAUCUGCACACAGAAGGCGCGCAGCUGGAGCAUGAAAAUGACCCAGCUGUGGCGCCAGGUGUGGGAUCUGACCUACCCAGUCACCUCGUGGUUCUCGGGGCGCGCCUUCAACGCGCUGAUCCAGGAGGCGCUGGGCGAGUGUCAGAUCGAGGACCUCUGGCUGCCGUACUUCACGCUCACCACUGACAUCACGGACAGCUCGAUGCGGGUGCACACGCACGGCACGCUGUGGCGGUACGUGCGCGCCAGUAUGAGCAUAGCCGGCGUGCUGCCGCCCGUCUGCGACCCCAGCGACGACCACCUGCUCGUCGACGGAUGCUAUGUGAAUAACGUGCCAGCGGACGUGAUGCGCUCGCAGAUGGGCGCGCACAUGGUGCUGGCCGUGGACGUGGGCUCGCAGGACGACGCCAGCCUCACCAACUACGGCGACCACCUGUCCGGCUGGUGGCUGCUCUGGAAGCGCUGGAACCCGUUCGCCGAGACGGUCAGGGUACCCAGUCUGCCCGACAUCCAGUCCAGGCUGGCGUACGUCUCGUGCGUGCGCCAACUGGAAGAGGUCAAGAGCAGCGACUACUGCGAGUACAUCCGGCCGCCCAUCGACCGCUACCGCACGCUGCAGUUCGGCAGCUUCGACGAGAUCAAGGACGUCGGCUUCUUCCACGGCAGCACCUACUUCGCCGGCAUGCAGAAGGCGGGAACGUUGCAGUCGCUGGCGAACCCGAAGAGCACGCCGGCUGCCAAGGAGGCGCCGGCCGUGCAGCGGCGCGUGUCGCAGGAGGCGGCGCACUCGCACAAGUUCACCGACCUCGCCCAGAUGGUGUGCAGGGUGCGCGUGCCGCGCCACUCCCUGUACGACAGCCUCGACUCGGACGAGGAUGAGGACGAGGACGAGUACGGGCUGGAAGGCGGCGCGGCCACAGAGCAGGGCUACCACUCGGAGCCGCCGGUGCCCCGCGGACGACCCCAGGUGCACGACUCCAAGGGCUACUUCUCGGAGGUGUCCGACAUCGAGGUGUCGGAGGGACCCGACACGGCCGACUUGUCGGACGAGCUCACCUCGUAGGGGUGCCCGGGCGGUCGACAGCAGUAUCAAUGCAAGGAGCAGGGACCCGGCGUGCCGCCCGCCCCUGCUGGGCUGGACGAGCGCGAACCGGGUCCCUGCCCACCCUAGCGCAGGGAGAGCCGUGUGCUCUGGCUUAGCCGCGGCCUGUUUGCCGCUUGGUGGACGUAUCUUUCGAACGGGAGUGGCGGCGAUGUACUCCGGAGUGUCGCGGCUCGGCAGGGUGUGCUUACGUGAGCUGCUGUGCAGAGCUUGAGUGCCUUAGGUGUGUUGCUUUGCCGUAGUGUUGUGGAAAGAGCCGAGAAGCGCUCUGAUAGCGGAGAUUAUCCAACGCGACGUCAUAUAUUUUGUAGAUCUCACAGCAGGGCCGUCAGAUAUCUGUCAAAGAUGGUGCGUCUUACCACGGCCAAAGAUCUGCGAGAUGUUACACAACGUAAUGGGCUGUUGUCUUUCCAUGUAGUUUGUGCAACCAAAAGGCAGUGGUGCUAGUGCUUGGGGGCACUGCCGUGUGCGCCUGUUCGACGAAGCAGGACAGCAUUGCUCAGCGGGGCGUGAUGUAUCAUGUGAUUGUACUCGCGUCCAAAUACAGGAGUAUAUGUGGGUCA